UUCUCGUACAACUUCCACACCGUGUUGAAUUUUUCUCCUCGAGCUUAUUCAUUUAUUUCUUCCGCACUUGCAUUUCUCAUCUUCGUUUUACAUUUUCAUCGAUCAACAAAAUUUAAACCACAUUGCACAAGCAAUCAUCGAUCAUGGUGAGUGACACAAAUGCUAGUAAUGCUGAUAGUAAUAGUGUGAUCAGCCCGUUUGGCGAGCUCAGUGUGCAUUUAUCUGAUUCGGAACUCCGAGAGACCGCUUUCGAGAUCUUCGUUGCGGCCUCUCGGAGCGCGAAAGCUGGCCGGACACUGAAUUAUGUCUCUUCUUCUUCUUACUCGCCGGGGAAGAAGGUGUGGGCCAAGAACUUGGUGGGCAGUCAGCAAAACUCACGAGCUGUGAGCAUGGGAGAGGUGAUGAGAGUCCAGAUGCGGAUUUCUGAGGAGUUUGAUUCCAGGGUCAGACGUGCGUUGCUUAGAAUCACUGCUGGACAGUUAGGAAGGCGGAUGGAGUCUCUGGUUUUACCUUUAGAGCUAUUACAGCAACUUAAAGCUUCAGAUUUUUCCUCUGUAAGGGAAUAUGAAGCAAGUCAAAAACGGAUAUUGAAGGUUCUUGAAGCUGGUGUCCUCCAACAUCCUCACAUGCCUCUUGAUAAGACGAAUGCUGCUGCUAGAAAACUUCGAGAGAUUAUUCAAGGGGGCUUAGAGAGACCCAUUGACACUGGAAGACACAGUGAAACAAUGCAGGCUCUCUGGAACAAUGUUAUGUCACUAGCUUGUAGAUCAUUUGAUGGGUCUGUCUCUGAUAUAUGUCAUUGGGCAGAUGGGGUUCCUCUUAAUCUCAGACUAUAUCAAACACUUUUGGAAUCUUGCUUUGAUAUUAAUAAGGCAACAUCUGUUGUUGAAGAGGCCGAUGAACUACUAGAGCUUAUAAAGAAAACGUGGGGGAUUCUUGGAAUAAACCUAGCAUACCAUAAUCUCUGCCUUUCAUGGGUGUUAUAUGACCGUUAUGUUGCUACAGGUGAAGUUGAAAAUGACCUGCUCAAUGCUGCUCAUAAAUUAUUUUUAGAAGUAGAGAAGGAUGCAAAGGGAACAAAGGAUCCUGCUUACUUCAAGAUAUUGAGUUCUGCUUUGAGCUCCGUUUUGAGUUGGGCUGACAGAAAGUUUACUGCGUACCAUGAGACCUUCUACAGAGGUAACAUUGAUGUUAUGGAAACUGCUCUAUCCCUCAUUUCCUUGGCCAAUAAUAUACUCGUGGAAGACAUGUCUCAUGAAUAUGGUAGGGAAAGCAGAAAAGUUGACAUCUCACGGGACAGAAUUGACAAUUACAUUAGGUCUUCAAUGCGCAGUGCAUUCAUUCAGAAAAAGGAGAAAAUAUAUUUAAGCAGACGGUCGUCAAGCCACCAGCAGAACGCUCUUCCGGUUCUCUCCAUCCUUGUACAAGACACAUGUGAUCUUGCUUUUAAUGAGAAGGAAAUAUAUAGUCCUUUGUUGAAGAGAUGGCACCCUCUUGCCACUGGUGUGGCAGUAGCAACCUUGCAUGCUUGCUAUGCAAAGGAACUUAAGCAGUUUGUAUCUGGUAUCAGUGAACUGACCCCUGAUGCUAUACAAGUGUUGAUAGCUGCUGAUAAGCUUGAAAAGAAUCUUGUGCAGAUGGCAGUUGAAGAUUCAGUUGAUAGCGAGGACGGUGGAAUAUCAAUAAUUCAGGAGAUGACUCCUUAUGAGGCUGAAGUUGUGAUUACAAGUCUAGUAAAAUCUUGGAUAAGGACAAGAAUAGACAGGCUUAAGGAAUGGGUUGUCAGAAAUCUGCAACAAGAGGUCUGGAACCCACAAGCAAACAAAGAACGAUUUGCUCCAUCAGCUGUGGAGGUUUUACGGAUAGCAGAUGAAACUUUGGAGGCAUUCUUUUUGUUGCCAAUACUGAGGCAUCCUGCAUUACUACCUGACUUAAUGAGCAGUCUCGAUAAAUGCCUCCAGUAUUACAUAUUAACCACAGUAUCCGGCUGCGGAUCUCAAGGUAAAUUCCUUCCAGACAUUCCUGAUUUGACUAGAUGUACAGCUGGAUCGAAACUCCAAGCUGUCUUCAGGAAGAAAGAUAUGUUAGUUCAAAGGAGGAAACCUCGAGUUGGGGUUAUAAAUGAGGAGGACAACAUGGGAAUUCCACAACUUUGUGUUCGCAUUAAUACUUUGCAUCACAUACGGAAAGAUUUGGAUAUUUUAGAAAAUAGAAUGAUCACUCAUUUGAGAAAUGCCGGAUAUACUCAAUCAAAUGAUAUGGGGAAAAUAUUUAAUCUUUCACAAACUGCUUGUUUAGAAGGCGUCCAACAACUGUGUGUGGCCACUGCAUACAAAGUCAUAUUUCAUGAUUUAAGUCCCGUAUUUUGGGAUGGUCUAUACGUUGGGGAAGUUUCUUCUUCAAGGAUUGAACCUUUUCUUCAGGAUCUAGAGCAAUACCUGGAGAUUAUGUCAUCCAUAGUUCAUGACAGAGUCCGCACUCGCCUGAUAGCGGAUGUAAUGAAAGCUUCUCUUGAUGGUUUUUUGCUGGUUUUGCUUGCUGGAGGCCCAUCUCGUGCUUAUUCUGUGGAAGAUUCUAUUAUGAUAGAGGAAGACUUCAAUUUUCUUACAGAUUUGUUCUGGUCUAACGGUAAUGGAUUGCAAACUGAAUUAAUAGAUAAAUUUGCAGUCACUGUGAAACGCAUACUUCCUCUUCUCUACAUGGAUACUCAAAGCCUCAUUGAACAAUUUAGGACUUCCAUAUUGAAUGUGUAUGGCUCGUCUGCUACAUUCAAGCUUCCAUUGCCUCUAACAUCUGGUCAGUGGAAUCCUGCAGAACCUAGUACUAUCUUACAUGUUUUGUGUCAUCGAAACGACAAGCAGGCAACAAAUUUUCUUAAGAAGACGUACAACUUGCCCAAGAAACUGUGAUCGGCUUGAUUAGAAUCCAGUAACCAACUUACUAACUUGCAAACUAGAAAACAAAUGCUACGUGUACAUAAUAUUAAUUUAUUGUAUGUGCAAAUUUUUAAAGAGUGAUGUUUAGAGCACAUUGAUGAACUUGUCCAUCAGUAAGUUGUUGAGCAACUUGCAUUAUCAGGAGGGCAUCACAUUAUGCGUAAAUCUGGAUACAGACAAUGGCUUCUGUGCAUCUUAGAGAUUGUAAGACUGUUUACAUGUAAAUGAUGUUUGCUGUUUUUUAACUGUAAAUUGUCUAUAUCAGGCUUCAGUUUUAGUUCUCAUC